AUGUCCGAAACUAAUGAUGAAGUCGAAAAGUUCCAGAAGUUGUCGGAUGCACUCAGUAUCUACCACGGAUACCUCAUCCUUGGAUCAAGAGUUGUGAUUCCACAGAGCCUACUGUCCAAUAUCCUAGAUCUACUGCAUAUCGGUCACUUCAGUACGGAACAUAUGAAGCAGUUGGCAAGAAUCACUGUCUACUGGCCCGGUAUUGAUGCAGCUAUUGAGAUGGCUUGUCAACGAUAUGACUCGUAUGGGGAACAUCAAAACAAGCCAUCCAAGCCUGUAGCUCAGCCAUGGAUGCUACCAGAGAAGCCAUGGAGCCGCUUACACGUGGAUUAUGCCAUCAACUUCAUGGGUAUGAACUGGCUGGUGAUCACGGAUGCCUUCUCACAGAAUCCAUGUAUUCACCUAAUGUCAUCCACAUCCGCUAAAACCCCUUUAGAUUUGCUGGAAGUGGACUUCGCUCACUUCGGAUGCCCUCACACGCUGAUCAUGGAUAAUACAUCAACUUUCCUUUCUGAAGAAUUUCAGAGCUGGUGCAAAGAACGUGGGAUCACACACCUGACAGGUGCACCGUACCAUCCAGCUACCAACAGAGCUGUAGAAUGUUUGGUGCAGUCAUUCAAGAAAGCACUGAGAAAGUCUUCCCUGCCCACGAAGUGA